AUGGUAAAGGAAACAAAACUUUAUGAUUUGCUUGGAGUAUCACCUUCAGCAUCAGAGACUGAGUUGAAAAAAGCAUAUAGAAAAUCAGCAUUAAAAUACCAUCCUGAUAAGCCGACUGGUGAUACUGAAAAAUUUAAAGAGAUAUCUGAGGCUUUUGAUAUCUUAUCGAAUGCUGACAAGAGACAAGUGUACGAUGACUAUGGAUUAGAAGCUGCUAGAGGUAAUGCUCCGGCCGGAGGUAACCCUUUCGAAUCAGCUGGUGCUGGUGCUGGCGGAGCAGGUGGAAGACCGGGCGGAUUCCACUUCUCGACAGGUGGAGGUGGAGCUGGUGGAUUCUCACAAGCUGAUGCAUUUAAUAUCUUCUCCCAGAUGGGUGGCUUCGGUAUGGGAGGUGGUGGUGGUGACGAUGGAUUUGGAUUUGGUGGCAGCAGUUUCGGUGGAAGCGGAUUUGGAGGCUCUGGACACUCGAACCAUUUCGGAGGCUCUAGUGGAUUUGGAGGUAUGCCAGGUGGGUUCAGUGGUGGAUCCUCUCGUUCCCGUCCCGAGCCUGAUACUGUAACAAUGCCAUUACCAGUAUCAUUAGAAGAUUUGUACCGUGGUGCAACAAAGAAGAUGAAAUUGAAUAGAAAGAGUGCUUCAGGUUCUAAAGAGAGUAAGGUUAUCGAAGUUAACAUAAAACCUGGUUGGAAGGCUGGCACGAAGAUCAAUUUUGCUAACGAAGGUGACUAUCAACCCGAAUGUCACGCAAGACAGACGGUCCAAUUUGUAUUGGAGGAAAAGCCUCAUCCUGUCUUCAAGAGAGAAGGCAACAAUUUGAAAAUGAACCUACCAUUAACAUUCAAGGAGUCCUUAUGUGGUUUCAGCAAGGAAAUAUCCCUCAUUGAUGGUAGAAGAAUACCGUUACACAGAUCACAACCUGUUCAACCAAAUACGUCAACCGUUUACCCAGGUUUGGGAAUGCCCAUCAGCAAGCUGCCCGGUCAAAAAGGUGAUUUGGACGUUACUUUCAAGGUUGAUUAUCCGGUAUCUUUAACCCCUGCCCAGAAGCAAGCCAUUACUCAAAACUUUUAA